GACAAAGCUGUGGUGCUGGGCCUGAUUGACACCAUUGACACCAUCAUGGGCCACAUCUCUUUCAACCUGCAGGUCGGCAAGCCCCGGGUCACCAUCAUGGGCUCUUCCUUCAUGGCAGAGUUUUCAGUGAUCAAAGUCAUUCCCAGGGUGAUGAAUGCCUCCCACUACCGCUUCCCGGCCCGAGGGCAGAGCUACAUCGAGAUUCCCCAUGAGGCCUUCCACAGCCCAGGCUGGACCACCAUUGUGGGCCUGUUCUACCACUCCGUGCACUAUUACUUGAACAACAUUCAACCCGCCAAGACCAAGAUCACUGAGGCAGCAAGUUACAAAGACUGCCUGCUGUUCGCCACCAGCUCCCUGAUUUCCCUGGAGGUCUCCCCGCCACCGACCCUCGCCCAGAACCUGUCGGGCUUUCCUCUCGUCACCGUCCACCUCAGGCACAAAUUGACCCGUAAGCAGUACAACGAGGCCGCCAAUGAGAGCAACCAAGUCUUCCUGUAUUGUGCCUUCCUGGACUUCAGCUCCGGAGAAGGGGUCUGGUCCAACCAGGGCUGUGCACUCACAGGAGGAAACCUCAACUACUCCAUCUGCCGCUGCACUCACCUCACCAACUUCGCCAUCCUCAUGCAGGUGGUCCCACUGCAGCUCACACAUGGGCACCAGGUGGCACUGUCGUCCAUCAGCUACAUCGGCUGCUCCCUGUCUGUGCUCUGUCUGGCUGCCACACUGGUCACCUUCGCUGUGCUGUCCUCCGUCAGCACCAUCAGGAACCAGCGCUACCACAUCCACGCCAACCUGUCCUUCACUGUCCUGGUAGCCCAGAUUCUGCUGCUCAUCAGCUUCCACUUUGAGCCGGGCACAAUCCCAUGCCAGGUGCUGGCCAUGCUCCUGCACUACUUCUUCCUGAGCGCCUUUGCCUGGAUGCUGGUGGAAGGGCUGCAUCUCUACAGCAUGGUGAUCAAGGUCUUUGGGUCAGAGGACAGCAAGCACCUCUACUACUAUGGGAUAGGAUGGGGCUUUCCUCUUCUGAUCUGCAUCAUUUCGAUAUCAUCUGCCAUGGACAGUUAUGGAACAAGUGACAAUUGCUGGCUGUCGCUGGGGAGUGGUGCCAUCUGGGCCUUUGUAGCCCCUGCCCUGUUGGUCAUUGUGGUCAACAUCGGCAUCCUCAUUGCAGUGACCAGGGUCAUUUCUCAGAUCAGCGCUGACAACUAUAAGAUACACGGGGACCCCAGUGCCUUCAAGCUGACAGCAAAAGCUGUGGCAGUGCUGCUGCCCAUCCUGGGCACCUCGUGGGUCUUCGGUGUGCUUGCUGUCAAUGACAGGGCCGUGGUCUUCCAGUACAUGUUUGCCAUCCUUAACUCCUUGCAGGGACUUUUCAUCUUCCUCUUUCAUUGUCUCCUGAAUUCAGAGGUAAGAGCUGCCUUCAAGCACAAAACCAAGGUCUGGUCCCUCACGAGCAGCUCUACCCGCAACGUCAACGUGAAGCCCUUCCACUCAGACAUCAUGAACGGGACCCGGCUAGGCACAGCUUCCACCAGGCUCAGCCCUUGGGACAGGAGCAGCCAUUCUGCCCAUCGCGUGGAUCUGUCUGCUGUGUGAGCAGAGAGGCGCCACCAAAGCUGGCCUGCUGCUCAGAACACACCCCUCCCCACACAGAAUACAACAAACACCUUGCCUUUGCCCCAGGACACUCUCCUUGCUGCUGUCUGGACAAGGGGUCACAGAGCCCGAGACACCAUUCUCACCUGUGACUUUGUGUGACAAAACUCCCUGCUCAGCCCUGGUGGCCUGACACGGGACGGCAUGGUCAGCGAUGGUGUGAGCCCCCUGCCGCAGGUCCAUCUGUGAGCUGAGUAUCUGUCCUCUGGGGCCACCCCGGAACACACAGUGUGGCCCAGCUGUGUUGCUGCACAUGAGACCCCCCUCAUCACUGCAAGUGCACAGAGCACAGGACCAGGCAAGGCUGUGAGCACAUGGGCACAGGGCCCCCAGCUCCCAAAGGGGAAGUUUAGCCUCUGUGCCUCUAUGGGGACUUAGGACCAAAGAAGCAGGGGUACUAUUAGGGAGGUAAAGGCUCCAUGCACCCCCACAGGGUCAGGUGGAGGCAGCUGGGGGUGCCUGGGGAAAGAGUAUUAGGGAUAUUUCCAAUCUGCUGAAUUCACCCAGCAAGUAGCUCCCCAAAGCCAGCACCAACUGAAGUACACAUUUUUCUGUAGGGUGAUGCCAACAUGGGUCAACCUCACAUUCAGUCCAUAACCCAUGCCAAAGACUUUGGGCUGGAGUCACUGGCUGUUCUGGUGGUGUGAUCACUCUGGCCCUAACCGUGGGCUAGAUGCUUCCACCCAUGUGAAGAGCCAGGUGGGGCCACAGCUGGCAGCCUGGGCUUUAAGGUUCCUUGGUGGUACCACUGCUUGAAGAGCUACUCAGCCUGUUCCUUGGGGAUUUUGACUCUUUGGACC